AUGGAUUGGUGCGCUUUAGCCUCAUCUCAGCUUGAUGCUCCUCCAAAACCAGAAGAAACAGCUUCUGGAAAACGGUUGCAGGCAUCCUCCAAAGGAGGAUCAGCCGUCAUUACAUUUAGUCAUUUGAUCUGUCCUUCACCCUCUAUACUUGGAACAAAAACCUCGUCAGUUCAGAAGUCUUCUUCGCCGGCGUUACAAAUACAAAGCUCUCCAGCUCACAUGUCUUCUUCACCGGCCUUAUUCUUUUUCCUUGGUGGGAUAAUUGUGCUCCUAAUACUUGUGAUCCUCUUAUUUGUCUUUCGGAAAAUUAUCAAACCAGCAGAGUUGAAACAGUUUGUACUGAAAACUAAAAAGCGGCCAGCAGCAACUGAUCUUUUUAGCGGGAAUCUACGAACAAUAAGCUACUUUAACUACCAGACACUAAAGAAGGCAACUAAGAACUUCCACAACAAUAAUCUCCUGGGAAGAGGUGGAUUCGGGCCAGUGUAUCGGGGGAAGUUGGAAGAUGGGAGGAUGGUUGCAGUGAAGAAACUAUCUCUUGACAUGUCCCAGCAAGGAGAAUCGGAAUUCCUUGCAGAGGUGAGGAUGAUCACCAGCAUACAACACAAGAACCUGGUUCGCCUUCUCGGAUGUUGCUCAGAUGGAGCUCAAAGGUUGCUUGUGUAUGAAUACAUGGAGAAUAGGAGUUUGGACCUCAUAGUACACGGGAAAAGUGAUCGGUUCCUGAAUUGGAACGCCCGAUUCCAAAUUAUUCUUGGCAUUGCUCGAGGAUUGCAAUACCUUCAUGAGGAUUCACACCUCAGGAUUGUUCACAGAGAUAUCAAAGCUAGUAAUAUUCUUCUCGAUGACAAGUUUCAACCGAGGAUUGGAGAUUUCGGCCUAGCCAGAUUCUUUCCUGAAGAUCAAGCUUAUCUCAGCACUACAUUUGCAGGAACUUUAGGUUAUACAGCACCUGAGUAUGCCAUUAGAGGGGAAUUAUCGGAAAAGGCUGACAUAUAUAGUUUUGGAGUUCUUCUUCUUGAAAUUAUCGGCUGCAGGAGAAACACAGAUCUUACUUUGGAAGCUGAAAGACAAUACCUCCCCGAAUAUGCAUGGAAGUUGUAUGAGAGGUCAAAGGUGAUUGAUUUGGUUGAUCCAAAAAUGCAAGAAGAUGGAUUUGUGGAGAGAGAUGUUUUGCAAGCAAUUCAUGUGGCCUUGUUAUGCCUUCAGCCCCACGCGAACCUACGACCACCCAUGUCGGAGAUUGUAGCUAUAUUAACAUGCAAGGCAGAAAUGGUUGGAACGCCAAUGAGACCGGCUUUCUUGGAUCGAAGGGGAAGGAGGGAUGAGAAACUGUCUUGGGAUACAAUAUCAGAGGCUUUCCCUUCUCAGAGUGAAUCUCUUUCAAUUCCUCAAUCUUCAAUCUAAUUUUAAGGAUUUUGAUUUCAUACUAUGGAUCUUCCAGAACGAUAAAGCAUUUAUAAUUUUGUGAUAUGAUGCU